AUGGCAACAGGGGGCAUAUCGCUCCUCCUCUCACCCAAGAACCAACCGCACACCUUUACCGGGCUCGAAACGAUUGGCAAGGUCGUCUACAUCUGGGACCUCGUCGUGUUCAGCGGUGUGACACUGGCCAUCACCUACCGCUUCGUCAAAUGGCCAUACACGCUGCGCACCUCACUCACGCACCCAACGGAAUCACUUUUCUUCGCGACGUCAUUCCUCUCCGCGGCCAGCAUCAUCGCGGGCCUCGCACAGUACGCCAUUCCCAACUGCGGGCCGUGGCUCGUGACCGUCUACCGGGUCCUCUUCUGGAUCUACUUCGCGCUGACAUUCCUCGUGGCCGUGGGAAUGUACAGCCUGCUGUUCACCAACCCGCGGCUCAAGAUCCAGGACAUGACGCUGGCGUGGGACCUGCCGAUCUUCCCGUUCAUGCUGUGCGGAACAAUCGCGAGCUCGGGCCUCGAGUACCAGGCCAAGGAGUACGCGAUGCCGAUGCUGUUCGCCGGGCUCACCGCCCAGGGCCUCGGCAUGAUGGUCUCCAUGUGUAUGUACGCUAGCUACGUGCGCCGCAUGAUCAACUACGGCUUCCCCAGCCCGGAGUCGCGCCCCGGCAUGUUCAUCGCCGUCGGGCCCCCCAGCUUCACCAGCCUCGCCAUCAUCGGCCUCGCGGAGAAAUGGCCCCAAGGGUAUGACUAUUUCGGGCCCGACGACAUCACGGCCCAGGUCGUGCGUGUCGUCGCCCUGCUCGCCGCCGUCUUCAUCUGGAGUCUGUCGCUGUGGUUCUUCGCCAUCGCCGUCGUCAGCUGUCUCGCCGUCUAUCGCACAUUCCGCUUCCGACUGAACUGGUGGGCGUUUGUGUUUCCGAACGUCGGCUUCGCGCUCGCGACCAUCAAUAUCGGGAACGCCCUGCAGAGCCAGGGCGUCUUGUGGGUCGGGUCGAUCAUGACCGUCGGCCUGGUCGCCUUGUAUCUCUUCGUGCUGCUCAACCAUGUGAGAGCCCUGCUUACGAGGGAGGUGCUGUACUUCGCCAAGGACGAGGAUCGCGCUUACAAGCAGGAGCAUCAGGGGAAGAUGGAGGCCAGGAUUGCUGGUGAUCAUGCCGAUGAGAAGAAAUGUGCGGGGUGCUUGGAUAAGCAGCAUUGA